GACGUGUCUCUUCUCCUCUACUUUGUGUUUUGGUACGUUGGCAACGCCAUCUACAAUAUGUACAACACCAUGGCGCUCAAGGCAGUCGGUGGCAAGCACGGCGGCCUCACGAUGACCGUGUCGACGUUGCAACUUGGCAUAUGCUCUAUCUACGCCGGCAUGCUCUGGCUGAGCAAGCCGGAAAAAAUGCUUCUGCCAAAGACGACGAAAGAGGAUCUGGUCGCGACGCUUCCCGUCGGCUUCUGCGCCGCUGCGGCGCACUCUGCCGGAGUCUUCUGCCUCGGCGCCGACCCGCUCUUCGGGCAGAUUGUGAAGGCGGGCGAGCCGGUGAUGUCCGCGUUUGUCAACACCUUCUUCUACGGCAAGCCGCCCAGCCUCGCCAAGGUGUUCUGUCUCUUCUUCAUCGUCGCCGGCGUCGGGUUCGCCUCGCUCAAGAAGGGCCUCGACGGCGCCUACAAGCUCAAGUUUGACGAGCGCGCGCUGAUCUUUGGCAUGAUUGGCAACUCGUUCGCCGCCUUUAAGGGCUCGGAGAACAAGAAACUGAUGACCAAGCCAGGUCUCAAGGACCGGAUGGGCGGUGUCGCCAACCAAUUCGCGCUCACCGAGCUGAUAGGCUUCUUCAUCUCCGUCCCGGUGAUGGUCGCCACAGAGUGGAAGAAGUUCCCAGAGUUUUUCCGGCUGCUUGGAUCCUCCAAGGAGCUGCAGGUCGGGCUGGUGCUCUCGGGAAUGUCCUUUUACCUCUACAACGAGCUCGCCACGAUGACCAUCAAGAAGACCGGCGCCGUCACCGCCUCUGUCGCCAACACCGCCAAGCGCGUGAUUGUGCUUAUCUUCAUGUCGGCGGUUACGGGCAAAGCCCUCUCCGACGAGCAAAAGAUUGGGGCAACCAUCGCCAUUGCAUUCGUGAUGCUCUACUCGGUCAUCGACGACCUCGUCAAG